AUGAAUAGCAACAAGGGCGGCAAUGGCGGCGGAGGGUCGGCAGGCAACAAUAAGCAGGGCGGUGAGAACACCAUGAAAGCUCCGGGAACUGGCGGAGCUGUUCAUAUCAACAGGGAUAACUUCGAGAAGGAUCCCAAGGGCUACUUCUCUGGCCUCCAUGCUAAUCAGAAGGGUGGUGCUCAGGAAUUCACUGAUAUAGAAGCAGAAGAUAUGGAGGAAGAAGAUAUAGAGAUUUCAGGUGUAGAGAUUUCAAAAUGA